GGCGGAAGCUCCGAGCCGCCCGCUGCGGCCGGCGGCGGGGACGCAGGCGGCGGGGGUCUCCAGGCAAAGAGCAUCAUUAGAAUUUUCUUUGAUAAAUGAGGAUAUUAGAAUGCCUUUGGAAGUUUUCACAAAUCACAAUAAGUUUGAGACAAUAUUAAGAUGGCAAUCAUGAACAUGAAAGAUUUUGUAGUUCUUCCAUGGGGAAAACCUGGAAAUUCUGUAAAGUUAAAAUAUAAAAAUGCUCGAGAACUGAGGAUGGAGAAAGUACAGUUAGAACUGGAGAAUCAAGAGAUGGAAAAGAAACUACAAGAAUUCCAAUCAAAAAGGAGCAACUCAAAGGAAGAAAGAGAGUCAAAUGGAUAUCACUGGAAAUCUGGACAAAUGGGCAAAUUGGGUAAUCGAUCACAGGUGAUGUCACAAAAUAAAGGAAAUGUUAUUAAGCUUUCUUCUGGGAAAGUGAAAUUAAAAUUACUGAAGGAGCAGCUUGAAGAGCCAGUGAAACAACCACUCAAUUUUAAAAUGGCAAAUUGUUCUGAACAUGGAAAACCCAAGAUAAAAGGGAAGGUUUGUGGGCAGUGUGAGAACAAAGCUGCUCUGCUAGUAUGCCUUGAAUGUGGAGAAGAUUACUGUUCAGGAUGCUUUGCCAAAAUUCACCAGAAGGGGGCACUAAAGCUCCAUAGAACAACUCUUUUGCAGACAAAACUUCAAAUAUCAUCCAAUGUGUUGGAUGUUGCCCAUCGGUUUAUAAAGGAAGUUACUCCGGAUGAACUCAAAGAGGAGAUUUAUUCUACAAAAGAAAUUAGUAAAAGUCAGCAUAAACCCAAAUCUCUUCUGCAGGGGCGUAGCUCUGAGGUAGAAGUUUCAACCACAAAAAAAGCAGAAUGUACCAAUCCAAGAGAUAGGCCCUUGUGUGAGGGGACAUUUGAUGAGGAAGCUUCUGCCCAGUCCUUUCAGGAAGUUUUAAGUCAAUGGAGAACCGGACAUAAUAAUGACAAUGAGAAACUGAAGUUACACGCAUCAAAACCAGACUCAUUGGAAGAAUGUGAAGUACAAACUAACCUGAAAAUUUGGAGAGAGCCACUUACAAUUGAAUUUAAGGAAGACAGUCUAUCCUAUAUGGAAAAAUUAUGGCUUAAAAAACACAGAAGAACUCCACAGGAACAACUUCAAAAUAUGCUACCAGAUACAUUCAUAUCUCAAUGUCAAACCACUUGUGAGGCACAUUGUUCUCAGAAUGAAAAUGAUGAAGAUAUUGAUGCUGAAGAGACUAAAGUAGAACACCCAGCUCUUUUUCUGCCAGUAGAAGAAUUAAACAUAGAAAGACCUGAGCCAUCUCUAACAAUAGUCGAACUGGAUGAUACUUUUGAAGAGGAAUUUGAAGAACCAGAUGUUGUGCCUUAUAAAGUUGAGUUAGCUAAUGUGGAUGCAGAUGAUCAACAAAGUUGCACAUUUCAUCAUUAUGAGAGUCCUUUUCUGUAUGAAAGUGACAUCUAUCAACAUCAAGUUUUCACCAAGGGAAAAAUAGACCUCUUACAUCUUCAUCUGAGCAACAGCUCUUCUGAUUUUAAAGAUAACUCUAGAGCAGGAACUUCAAAUACAAAAUCGGACAACAUUGUGGAUCCUGAUGUUUAUUUUCCAGCCAUUGAAAAAUUAGGGAAAAGCAGCUUUUCUGAAAGAAAUUUCAAAGAGAAAAAUAUAGGUAUGGAAAGUAAUCAGACGUGCAAUGAUUCCUACAUAACACUUGAGAACAAUGAUUCUUUGCCAAGUAUAGACUUAGAAAAACUUUCCCUUGAGGAGAACAUCUCUCAAGAUACCAAAGAAUCCUUGGGAUUUAAUGAUCUGCACGAAAGGGCAAACUUUGAAGAUUCUAAAACUAUAGAGUCACCACAGUUGCUACAAGAAAUAGCCCUCAGAAGUAAGCCUAUAACUGAACAAUAUCAAGGACUUGAAAGAUUCUUUGUUUUUGAUAACAAUGAAAGACUCAAGUUACUUCCUUCUCAUAGCUUAGAAUGCAGCUAUUCCAGUACUAGGAUUACAACUGCAGGAAACAGAGAAUGGAUCCCAGACCAUAGUGUAAGUACAAGUGCUGAUAAUGCAGUUGCCAUGGGUGCUGUGCAGAGUGCCCCGACUCCAUCAUCAAGUAGAACACAGCAGAAGAUAGGCCAGACAUCACAGAGACCUUCAACAGCAAAUUUACCACUUUCCAACACUGCUGAAAGAAGCCCCAGCUGCCUUACUUCCUCUCAUCCUCGAUCAAGAAGUGCUGUUGCUCGAUCAUUAUCUAGAGCUGCUUCUGAAAUUUCGGAAAUUGAAUAUAUUGAUACUACUGACUACAAUGAACCCUUCUUAGAUGGCACUGCUGAUCAACAAACAUUAGACAGUUUGGAAAAAGAAUUAAAUGUGCUGAAAAAUCUUGCAGAUCCUUCAGUAAAACUUUACAGCCUAAUCUCAGAAGAGUUGCCAGCAUUCAACAACCAUUCACUGAAUAUAAGUCAGACUACCCUAGAUCUCCUUAAGACCUCAUGUGUGAAGUGCCCUCAUGGAGUUGAAGAAUGGAGCUCUUCUGAAAAAGAUACUGAAAUUCAGUCUUUGCUGACACUUUCUGAAAGCAGCACAGAUGAGGAGGAAGAGGAUUUUCUUGACAGGCAAAAAGUCACCCGAUUACCAUGGUCAAAGAGUACCUGAUCACUCGUUCAUUACUUCUUCCAUUUUGUACCCACAAUAAAGCAAACAACCGAAAAAAUGUAACCAAAUGAUUAUCUGUCCAGCAAAUGAUUAUCUGCUGGAAAAUUUGAUUAUUAAUGUCUCUGAGAUUUCAAAGUCUGCAAAGUAAUAGAAGUUAGUGAAAUUUUAAGUUUAAGGGCUUUUUCUUCCAAAUGAUACAUUGUAUGUCAAACACUAAUCUGUAUCGCAAAUCAUAUUAGUAAAAUUUGGUGAAUAUUUAUAAAUAACAGUGAUAGCUGUGUCUCUAGAGCCUACCCUAGAAUAGAACAUGAUUAUAUUUAAAGUAAUUUUAAAUUGUUACAUUAUAUUUUAGAUAAUUACAUUGUCAGCAAGGGUAUACUUGCCAGCCAAGUUGUACUUGGCAGUAUCGUUCAUUGAACCUAGAAUCCAUUUUUUACCUUGAUAAUUACAGAUAUUUGGUUUUUGUUUUCUUAGUGUUUUUGACAUUUACAGAAGUUCUGGCAGCUUCAAUAGUUGUGCUAGAAAAGAAAAAGAGUACCCAAAAUAAAGUGUACAUGAAAUUUGUCAUUCUCUGUUCUAGUCAAACACAGAAAGACUCCUCCCCAUCCCCAGCCUCCCACUAAGCCUGCCUUUGGCUCAAACUACAGCAUCAGUUCUUCCCUGGGUCUCCCGUCUGCUGCCCUGCCCUGUAGAUUUUGUAUUUGCUGGCCACCACAGUUGGUUCUGUUGCUCUGAAGAGCCCUGACUAAUAACAAAUACAGUCAGUUUGAAAAACCAUUGUGAUAGCCAUGGAAAUAUUUUGCUAGUCUGGGGUAGUACUAGAUCCUGGUGUUGGUACAUGUUCAGUGUCUUAUGUGAUCUUAUAAUUUAAGGGCUUGAAAAGGCCAAAGACAUGGGGGAACACUCUUAUGGUUGCCACUCUGUCACAUUUUAUGACAGUUUUCCCUUAAGGAAUUUGUUGACCUCAAGAAAAUAUCCCUGCGGGUUGUUUACACCAUCACCACAGCAUAGCCAUAUCUCAGGGUUCAAACUUAUUUUUAUUCUGUGUGAUUGUAGGUAGUAACCCCUUAUAUGAGACUAAUGGCUGUUUAGUCUAGAUUUCUUUUACACAUUUUCCAUGGCAUCAAUAAGUUGUACUGGAAUUCACACACAUCAUCUACUGACAGGAUAGAAAAUUAUGAUGAAAGGACCUAUAGCAAUUUCUAGGUCUUUUAAUAUAAAAAUGCCCUUUAUUAAAAGUGACUAUCAUAAGUUAACAGUAGGCAAUAAGGAAAGCCAAUAAUACUAUUGGAAUAAAAUUUUUCAAAAGAAAUGUCUUAAGAGUGUAACCCCACAGUAAUUUUUACUGUUAGCACAUCUUCUAUCUUAACCCCAUAGAGACAACAGUGAGUCACUCUUGAAUCUUCAUCAUUUGUGUCAAAAGCCCUUCUAAAGUCGUGUCCUGAGGCUGCUAGCUUUAUAAAAUUUUAGUAUCUAUGGCAAAAAUUGGGAUUUCCUGUUCAUCUGGUAAGAUGGGAAAAGGUGUUAUUUUUCUUUUUCGCAUGUCUGUUCAGGUUUCAAGUCUUUUGACUCCCCCUACCUCCUUUGCUCUGAGACAGCAUCUUCCUUUACACUUCUGAUGAAGAAGCAAAUUGUUCCUCUGUGUGCAAUUUGUAAAACUCCAGUGUUUUUCACAGACAAAGUGGAAAGAGAUGUUGUCCUAUUCUUAUUAGGGAAGAAAAACCAUUCUAUUUCUUCUGUGUAUUCACUUACAGCUUGCGUCUCUUUAUGAUCUAGCUCAGAAAGAGACUUUAUAUGACGCCUUUACCUUUUACAAGAAUCUUGAAAUAAAAAUUAAUCUGGUAAUUCAUUGUUAUCAGUGCAUUUCUGGCCAGAAUUUGAGAUAAGGAGUAUACUAUUGACUUUGUCACUUGACUUCCAAUAUCACAUUGAAAUUAAACAUAAGGGUCCUCUGUGGCAAAGCAGAGUAGACCCCCUUCUGCCUUUAUUUGCUUCCCAUAACUACACAUUUAGAAAAGUUUAAUUCCUUUGCCAUUAGUCUAAUGAGGAAAUAAAAACUAAAGAUUAGAGCCUUUGCCUGAAGCAGCUUCAAUGUGUUCUCUCAUUUUGAAGCUCAAGUUUAAAAUCGCUGUAAAGGCAUGUACCUAGUUCUGAUUGUGCAGUUGAGUUACAGAUAUUCCAGAAGAAUCACAACCAUAUUCCAAAUACUAGAGUUAGUACCUCCAGCAACUAUUAGACAAAUGAUCACAUGAUUUUAUAUACAUAUUGGGAUUUAGUAGUUUAUAUUCAGACCUGCCUAUUAGUAUAAUAAUCAUAUGAAAUUCUGUAAUUUCACA